AUGGCAGCAUCGCUUUUCAAGGCCCUCAGGCUGCGCAGAUUUCUCCUCUCUGUCCCGAGGAAUGCUAGCACUGCGCAAGCAGUUGACACUCGCGCGUCGUCCUUCUCCGGAGGACCACUUUCAGAGCCCCCGACGUCCGCGCCCUCAUCUGCUGCUGUGGCGGCGUCCAUUAGUGGAGGUCAUCUUUAUCUUAUUUUGUCGACAGUUGAGUUCUUUCUGGAUCGUGAGUCUUUGCGUUGGGUUAAGUAGCGGGGAACGAACUCAUGUGGUUGCUUGUUUCAGGGAAAGAGGGAGGAGCCUGGUCGAAGUUGCUGCUCUUCCUCCCUGGGGCCGUAACAUUCGGCCUUGGAACCUGGCAGAUCAUUCGAAGGAAGGAAAAGGUCGAUAUCCCUCAUUUCCGGAUCUUCCAACGAGUGUUUGAAAUCCCUAACGGCUCCUCUAAUAUUAUUUUCUCCUUUAUGAUAGAUAGAGAUGAUAGAGCACAGGCGAAAGAGAUUGGCAAUGGAGCCUAUAGCGUGGAGCAAUGUAACUUCUAUAGAUGAAGAUCUCGAAUCCCUGGAAUUCAGGAAAGUGGAAUGUGAGGGUGUUUUUGAUGGGAGCAAGUCCAUCUACAUCGGUCCUCGAUCCAGAAGCAUAUCUGGAGUGACAGAAAAUGGAUACUAUGUAAUCACCCCUUUACUUCCCGCGAGAAGAGAAUCCAACAGGUAACCUUGCGGAUAAAGUUGAGAGCACGUCUAUUUGGCAUCUAGUUACUUUGCUCUCUUGAUCUGGACGUCCUUUCAUUUUGUUUCAGUGAGAUGAAGAACUUUAUGCACCACAUCCAUCUUCCCUUCAGAGAUUCAGAUCUUUGAUCAAAUUAUGAAAAUAAAUUUAUGAAUUAAAGCUGAUCCAUAGUUAGUUGUACAUGAUUUUCCCUUUUGGGGUGUCAUUGGACGUCUUAUUCACCAUCCGUUAAAGCUUUUAUGUUUUUUUGGCUGGGUAAAAUUCUUCAGAUUCCCUUAAAAAUAAAUAUGGUUUAUGUAAAUCUCAAACUGGUUGGGGAAGGAGAGCAAAAGCUAGAAAAGUUGCUGUCUUGAAAGGAAAAGAAUGAAAAGCACCCAUAUGAUACGGGUGGAGACUUCAAUAUCAAGAGGACUUGGGAGGAAACUCCAAGGGGACAGAUGUUUUCCGGUCGACAGUUGAGAAUUCUGUGUCUAUUCUUCACCUCUUUCAACAUCAGAUGGGGGAUAUACUAAUCUAGUUAUGUUCUUAUCGAAUAUUGAUCUGUAGACCACUUUCUAGAGAUGUAGGGCCAUUAACAAUUAAUAAGGAAUGCUAACAGAAGUAAUUUAUAUUGGUGAUUUGGAUAUGAGGAUAAGAUCAAUUUUUCAGAGAAAAUUUGAUGUAGAAUUCAUAGUGUAUGAAGAAAUACCUAAGUUUUGGGUGUCAUCCGUUUGGAGAAAUAAGCUAUCAAUUUCACCUUUUGUUACCUGAGGACUUCUGGUGGAUGAUAGAGCACACAACUUCGAACGUUUUUGCUCUCGUUGCCUCUUGUUACAUUCCAUGGCUUGCAUUUAUAUUCAUGCAUGAAGAUAGGACAGUGAUAGGUGGAAAUCAACAAACCUCAUAGGUAGUUUGUAUAAAGGAUUUUAGAAAAUAUUAAACCAUCUUGAAUUCCAAUUGUUUUCCUUUUCCUGGCUGGUGCUCCAUGAAAUUAUUAACAUCCAUUUACCCUUUUGAGUUUUUCUUCCUUCUUUUGGUUUGCCGUUUCCCAAUUUCACGGAUUGCCUCCGAAACAUGAUGGAAAUUAGAAUCACAAUUGAUCCUGCUCUACCUGACGAAAUUUCUUCAAGUUAUCGGAUGAUCCUUGCUAUUGUUAUAAAGCUUCCUCAAAACAUUUUGCAGAUUUGGGCUAUAUUUGGAUUUCUAUGCUGCGAAAUUUUUUCUUACCAUCUCUUCAACUGAUAGACCUUUUGUCAGUGUACAGUUACCCAUCUUGGUUAAUCGGGGUUGGGUCCCUCGUGAAUGGCGGAACAAGGCUCCAAAUGAUCUACAGGGCAGCGAAAAACCUUCAGUCCCAGCUGCAGAAAAUUCUGUGAAAUCUGAGGGCCGCUGGUGGAGAUUUUGGGCCAGUAAACCAGAAGCUGCCCAGGUUAGUUUAUAGGGAGGGUUCUACCAAACAUGGUAUUUUAGAUGAACUUCUUUAUAAAAAAAUCCCGCUUAUAUUUUUUUUCAAGGUAAUAAUUUUAAUAUAAUCUAUAUAAAAUUCUGAUUGAUAAUCGUUUUUUCCAAUUUCGAUGUGGUGGAUAAAAAUUUAUGUUAGUCGGUACCUUGAAGAAAGUCGGAUGUUGCCUCACGAUAUAGAACUUAUUUGACUAGGGAUAGGGAUAUUUCGUUUUUCGAUUUCUUUUUCCUCUAGAUCUCUAGAUUCUUGCAAUCUUAAUCGACAUCCUUAAUCUUCAUAUUUGCUUGAAAGCCUCUCAAAUCUUUUCAUUUCAUAUUUUCUUAGACUAUCGCUUGCCGUUAGGAAGGAAUACAGGAUCAGGUGAGCCAGACCUAAUUAACUGAUUCCAUCCACCCAGGUGAAAACCUUAGGUGGCCGAUUUCAAACGAAAAUGUUGGCAUAACAAAUAAUAGAUUUAUUAUUUAAAUCACUGGUCGAUGCUUGAGGGAUCAUAUUGCCCAAGACUGUAAUUGGACGUAAUAUCUAGUCACACGGAUAACAAACUAUUCGCACUCAAACCUGUUUCAGCUUUUUUCUUCGGCAUGUUUUCUUGUCAGCUGAUCUAUGGAGUAAAUUAACCAGAAAAGCCUUCGAAUUUGCAGAGCCAGUAUCCGGAAGUUUCUCUUGUCAAGGUUCUUGGUGUUGUUCGUGGAAGUGAGAGACCCAGCAUAUUUGUCCCUGCGAAUAAUCCCGAGAGUGGCCAAUGGUUCUAUGUUGAUGUUCUCAUGAUCUCCCGUUCAUCCGGCCUCCCAGAUCAUACUAUUUAUAUUGAAGAUAUUGAUGAGAAUACCGGUGCCAGCAACCCUUAUCCUGUUCCGAAGGACGCCAGCUCCCUCAUCCGUCACUCAGUCAUGCCGCAGGACCAUCUUAAUUACACCUUCACAUGGUAAGAACCCCUUUCUCCAGGGAUAAUUUUUUAAUAUUUUAGAGGUUAGAUCUGAGUGGGGUCAGAGAUUGCUUACAUUUCCGUGUUUUCUUUUCUGAACACAAUCGGGUGCAAAAAUGCUCAUCUGCAGGUAUACCCUGUCAGCUGCUGUGACGUUCAUGGCGGUGAAGAGGAUUAGACUGAGGAAGGGCAGAAGGUGACGUGGUUUCACCAAGCACAUCAUACUCUGCUAAUUAUCCAAAGAUGGACUUUGGUUUCAGGGAUUCAGUUCACCAAUGUUGGGCAGAGUUGAUUCUUCUUUUUUUAUUUCAGGCUUCAGGGAACUGUGUAA